CAGACGCGUAUUAUUCGUAAACAGUGCGUGGCAAAAUGUUUCCAAGAUGAUGGAAGAAACGACCGUUCCAACUGAUGAGAGCUAUGACUAUGACAGUGAUGAUCACCUGUAUGAUCGGCCAGCAGAGAGGUGGGCACCACUUGGAGCAAAUGCAAGCCCUGCCCCUUCUGUCACUGAAACAAGUCAUUUCACUGAAGCAGAACAACUGAGGCGGCUGGAGGAAGAGCAGGAAGAACUGAAUAACUCUCUCUUUGCAUUGACCACACAUUUUGCUCAAGUACAGUUCAGGCUGAAACAGAUUGUGUCUGCUGAUCCAGAAGAGAAAGAGGUAUUACUAGAAAUAGAUGACCAUGAGCAUGAUCAAAAAAUUAGAGAACAGAGGGAAAAACAGCAAGAACUGAUAAUGCAGCUGAAAGACCAACUGGAGGAACUGGAGAAAUAUGCCUAUGAAUCUGGAACUGCUGAUGACCUUCCUACAAGUAUCCAGAUGGAAAAACAGAAAGUCAUUAUUGAUGAGUUGAAGAAUAAGCUGGAGUUGGAACUGGACGAUUUUGCCAAACUAAGUCCUGAGCAGUUGAGAGAUGUGGUGAAUGAUGCAAUAGCUCAGAUUGUGAAUCCAGCCAAAGUCAAGGAAAAGUUAGUUGAUCAGCUGAGAACACAAGUAUCAGAUCUGGAGAGGUUCAUUUCCUUCUUACAAGGAGAUGCUGAGAGCCCUGGUCCUCUAGGUCAGACACGCUGCACUUGUCACUGCCCUGCACAUGGUCCAAACAAGCUGUCUAGUGAUGAGCACUCUGACAUCUCCAUGCAGCAAGAAUGUUGUAUUCCUGAUCACAGGUACAGAAUAAAAGACAAAUCUGAGAAGGAUCAAAAUGCUACGGCUAUGACAGCAAUGAAGAGGGCAUUGACUGUGCUCCAAAUAUUUGUUAUAACACAGUUUGGUUGUGGAAGCAGAGAAUUCAGGAAGAACACACUUAAGAAGACAAUGAAAGCAAAUCAUUAUGGUGAUUUACGUGCCAGGGUGGAAGUUGCCAUAGAGAAAGUCUUGGAGCUAGCAAAAACCCAGGAGAAUUAUGAAGUGCCUGACAGUGAUUAUACCAGUGAUACAGAAGAGAGCUUUACUGUCCAGUGUAACCAGGCCUUAACCAUGGCAGUUAGAAAGAGCCUUGCUUUAGCACUCAGAGACCUUUUACAGCAUGGUUUGGUUGAGAUGAGCCAGAGUCGCAGUCUUGUAAGUCCUAUUGGAUGUUUUCCAGUCAGGUCUCAGGCUGUACCUAAAACCAUGCAUCCUUGGGAACUGUUUAUCAAGUACUAUGAAAUGAAGCAUGGCAGAGAGUACAACGAUACCCCUGUAAGAAAACUGUCAGAGUCCUUCCACUUAAACAUGGUUGGAAGCAAAGCUGUUACAGCAAAACAGACUCUUCUUGGUGCCAUUCACAACAUCUUGACAUCUCACAGGCCCCUGAAGAGAAGUAAUGAUGCCAUGUUCAAAGCCUUCAUUUGCCGUGCACUGAAUGAGAAGCGUAUAGUGACGUGGUUCCGGUUGGUGUUUAAGACAACACCUCUUAUAGACCAUUUUUACCAGCCAUGGAGUUAUGUUGUUAAGACAAACUUUGAAGACACUUUUGCCUCUCUACAGAGACUAAAGGACAUUGAAUUCCACUUACCUGUGGAUCUGGCAGUCAGACCAUUCACAAACAUUAAAGAUGCAUUUUGAUGACAAGAUCUUACAGGUCACGUUAAUACACAACCAGAUUACAACUGGUUUCAGGCUUCAUGUAUUUGGUGCAUAAAUGUAUGUGUGCUUGCUUUCUCUGCAGAUAAUGUUUCAAAGCAUCUAAUAUCUACUAUUAUAACUGUCUGCAAGAAUUGACUAUAAUAAUUUGUACAUUCCUUUUGCAUAUAGAUGCUGGUUGAUAUAUGGUUGCUCUUUGUGAAGUAUAUUUUCCAUUUUGUAUUUAUGGAUAUUAAGAUUUUCAAACUUGAAUAACUUUCCAAACUAGACUAUAAUUCUACAGUGUUGUGAUUGCAUGUUACAAUGGUAUUGUAUAAAAUUAUUCUUUGAUAAAACUUACUACUCAUCCUGGCAUUCCAUUAUGAUUAAACUGGUAGCAUUGAAUGCUGCGCAUUCCACAUUUGACAAUAUGAACAGUAUAUAAAAGACAUCAAAUAUAAAGAUAUAUUGAUUGAUGGAUAAGACACAGUGUAGGUGGUGGUGGGGAAUAAGUAAGGUAGUAAUAUCAUUUUCCAUUUUUUUGUGACAGUUAGCACAAAGUAGUGCGGUAUCAGGGAUGUCAGCAGUAGCAGUUUACCAAAUAUCCUUGUUGUGAUCUUGUGGAAUUUAUCAUCUCAUUGCUUACAGAUGUCAUUCAUUUUGUUGAUUCAUGACAAUCAUUUCACUGCGUUCAACUGAAGAGAAAUUUUUAUCUUCAGUGUAGUGUUUACAAUUAUAAUUGAUGUGCAAUAAAUAUUAUUAAUUCAGGAAUCAUAUGUUACAUGUUAUAGUUGUAUUGUGUUGGUGAUUAAUUAGAGUCCACCAUAUUACAAUGGUAUGCUCAUAGAGGCCAAUUGAAACUACAAUUAAAAGCAAUCCUCUGGUAUUGAAAUGUACACAGCCGUCAUAAAGACAUAUUGUAACCCAUAACUGGGAUUUCAACUUAAUGGAUAAUUGUUCACUUCCAGUGUCAGGUGUAGUUUGCCAACUUGCAUUAACGGAUUCACGGUUAAUAAUUAAACUAUUACUGAAAACAUUGAAUGUUGCUUCAGAAUGGACAGGAAGGUUACAUGAAGUUAUUGAGAGUGGUUCAUUGUAUUCUUUGUUUUUGGUUCUGUACUGUGAAGGACCAAAUGCAACUGUAUUGUUAUAUCUGUCUCCAGAGGAAGCCCAUAAGGGGUUACUGUUUUUGCUUUUGCAUUUAAAGAUAAAAUUGAAUAUAUGCGCUUAAAUGUUCUCAAGAAGAAGAAAAAAAAGGCCAGUGGUAAACUGGGCAAGAAAUUUGCCUUUCAUAUAUUAUAAUGGCAUUAUUAAAGACAGCUGUUGGAGUUAAUACUUUUUGUCAGGAGCUUAACUGAUACCCAUUGCAUACAUAUUAAUUUUUUUCAGACAUACUUAAAGAUGGCUUUUCAUGAAACUAAGAAAAGUUGUCAUGGUCUAUUUUCUUAUUAUUCAGUUUAUUAAAUUGAUUAAUCCAACAAAGUCAUUGGGGCAGUCUGUGCAGUGUUCUGUUAGCUUCUUUAGUUUUUGAAAAUAAUAAUUUUGUCUCAACAGCUUAAUAUGCAUUUUUUAAACUCAGUUUCUAUUAUACUUUACACAUAAUACAUACUACAGCUAUUUUUUAAAUCAUUUUCAGGUACUUUGACAGCUUUGUAGUUUACUGUCAUACUCCAUUUUCCCUUACUGUAGUCAUUAUUAGCACUGAAGCUUUAUGGUAUUUCUCUUUGCAAGGCCUGUUUGACUUCACAGAAAGUUGUUCUUAAAAGAGUUUUUAUGAAGAUUUUGAAAAAAGAAAUAAACAGUCAUUUUCAUGCAUUUUUUUUAUCAAUUGCCAGAAUAUGUUUAGGUUUUGGGUUGAAUCUGUUACUUGCCAGAAUAUGUUUAGGUUGUGGUUGAAUCUGUUAAAAUGAUAUAUUAAAAACUAUAAAUGUUUAUGCAAAUAAACUAUUCUAAAAAU